AAGAGGCACGAUGGCUCUAAAGUGGAACAGUCACACCCAGGAAAGUUUAGCAGGUCUGCGUUUAUGGACACGCAAGACCUAACUUCAUGCCAGUGUAAGGCUGGCGUCAUCUCCGUAUUCAGCGCAGGUCGAAGUCCGCACGUAGCGGAGCGUCAGUAUGAACUGAAAUUAGACCGCUGAUUAUUUCCCGCAGCGAUACAUAAUCAAUCUGCCUACAGAGCAGAAGGCAGUUCUGUAACCCAGGACUGGCUCCUGCUGUCUUUGUGCAGGAAUGCUGGCGAGGAAGCUGACCCAGCAGCUGGGGCACCCCACACAGUCCCUGGGCGGCUGGCUGGUAACCAAGUUCCUGGAGAGGCGGAACCGCGCCCUGGAGGAGAGAGCGGUGAGGCUGUGCGAGAUCCAGCCCGACAGCACGGUUCUGGAGGUGGGCUUCGGGCCGGGGCUGGGUCUGCAGGAGGCGGUACAGUACCUGACCGACCCCAGGGGGAAGCUGCUGGGGCUCGAUUGCUCGGAGUACAUGCACAAGGUGGCCAGUGAGAGGCUGCGGGAUCACAUCGCCUCGGGGAAGGUGCGUCUCUUCCAGGGCAGCGUGGAGUCCAUCCCACUGCCUGCCUGCUCCGUGGACAAGGUGUACCACUGCAACUGCUACUACUUCUGGCCUGACCUGCGAGCCGGGAGCGCGGAGCUGCACAGGGUGAUGAAACCAGGAGCCCUCAUGGUGACGACCCUCAACAUGGCCUCCCUCAAAGAGGUUGUGUCCUGCGGGGUCCUUCAGGACAAGAAGUGGCCGCCCGAGCCCUACAUGGAGGCCCUGCGCUCUGCUGGGUUCACUGAUGUCCGAUUGGAGGAGAAGCAGAACAAGGGGCGGGACUUCCAGGCCAUCUUUGCCACUGCUGCAAAGUGAAGGCGGCGGGCUUGGUUGGUGCAGGUGUGGGUGUUAGUGUGGGUCACCCAGAAAUGUCCCAGUCGAAUCACUGGUAUAUUAAUGAACACCCAUCAACAGUAAAAACAUCCUCACUGCU